AUGGUCGGUCAGGGCAGUGGUGUGUGGGGCCUGAUUCUGUCAGACCUCACCCUUCAGUGCUCCAGGCCUCCCAGCCCAUCCUCACUCUGCUUCCAUCAGAACCUGCACCCACUUCCCCUAACACCCCAGUGCCUUGGAGAGCAACUGGUGGGCUUCACCUGUAUCUUAUAUGCCUUUCUGAGAAUCUCCAUACUCUACACACCUGGACCAGACCCCGACCAGGCUCUGGACCAGACUCACUGGCUUUCCUCCAUGAUGUUCAAAGACAUUUCCUUUGUUGGUGGUAUUACUGCCUUACACUACAUCCAGAUUGUUCUUCAGAAUAUCCCCCAAAGCCUUGCCUUUUUCUGCUUCUCUGUAUGUGUCUCAACUGCUGUCUUCUUCCAAGAUUUUCCUUCCUCCUCUCUAUGCAUCCAGAGUUUAGUUUGCAGUAUUGCAAAGUCAAGAAUGGACAGAAAGCAUGGAAAAUAUGUGGUGAAUAUUGAACACUCAGAAAACCCAGCAUCAAUCAUGUGUUCAAAUGACCAAGAGGCUCACAGCUCUGCAUGCUGGCGUCCACCUUCAAAUAACAUAACCAGUGAUGUCUCUUCCAACUUAAGUGGGGUCUGUGUGAACCCAGGAGUCCUUACACAAUCAAGAUACCCACACACAGACCUAUCCCACAUACAGGUGAAAGAAAAUUGCUGCAGUAACUCAUCUCUGUGGAAAGCCUUUUUGGCUUGUCUCUUAGCCUGUGUGAUAACAACAGCAAUUGGUGUUCUCAUAAUAUGCCUGGUGAAUAAUAGGGGGAAUGACAAUUCUUCCAUUUUUAUCCAGCUCUUCCCCAAAAAUGGGGAGCCUAUAGUUAUCAUUCCUGGGGCUACCUCUACUACUUCUCAACCUACAGUGACCCCCAGUUCAACUGAACUGACGACUGCAACCACUUCAACAGAAUCUACCAGUGCCCUGUCCACUGAAAGUACAAUCACAACAGCCACAAGCAUGGCUUCAACAGAACCUACAACCACAACCAUCACUUCAGCAGAACCUACAACCACAGCAUCCACAACCAUCACUUCAGCAGGAUCUAUCACCACAACAGCCACAACCAUCACUUCAGCAGAACCUACAACCACAGCAGCCACAACCAUGACUGCAGCAGAUUCUACAGCCUCCACCACUUCAAAUGAACUUUCAACAACAGCCACCAUUACAACUUCAAGUGAAACCACAGCUGUCCCCACUUCACUAGAAUCUUCAACUGUUGCAACUUUAGCACGGGAUUUUUUUUAGAGCUUAAUCUUAGCUGACACCAGAACAAUCACCACUUUCUCCAUCUCUUUGACUGAACUCACAACUACAUUCACUUCAACUGGAUCUAUAACCACAACCACUACCACUUAAUCUACAACUACUGUAACUUCUAUUUAGCCUACCAAGAUAAUGAUCAUCACUCUCCAACAAUAUGUAAUAUCCACCUAUUCAUCCGAACCUGUAACAGAUGACACCAUUCUAAUGAAACUACCUGCAGUCAUCAAAAUGUUUUCUUCUGUGGCAAGUUAACCUUUGGUUAUUUUUCACUACAACUAUCUUCCCUUGCUGGCUCCUUCCACAAAUUGUAGCUACCUCUUCAACAGCUGAGUCUAUAUCUAUACACUUCCAUUGCUACCUUAUAUUUAUAGCAGGUACCCUAAUGCCAUUUGAAGAACAACAAUUUAGACAGUAAAAAAUGGAAAAAUGAAUUUUCAUCACAUCAACACUUAGGACUUCUAAAAGUAUUAAACUUUUUAUUUUUAAAGAACUGCACAUUUAUGCUAUAAGAAGCUUCUAUUUCUAUAGUUCAAAGUAAUAUAAUUUUAUACAGAAAAGUAACCCAAUUUGUUCAUUUAGAAUGUCUUUAAAAACUUUAUGAAAAACUCUUAAAGUAGCCUUUUAGAUUUUAAUAUGUAUGGAUUCAGCUCAGAACAUUGCAUUCCCCUUUAGACAAAUUACACAUAUAAAAAGCAAACUUUAUA